AUGCCAAAAGGAAAAAAACAAAUUCAAAAAAAUCCAAUGUUAGGAAGUUUUCCACCUCCAAACCUUUCAUUAACAAACAUGGAAGAUGAUCCUCCGGAUUUUGAUUUGCCUGAGGUUCCGCCUUUCACUAAAAUUGCUACUGACGAUAGUGCUUAUAAAACUUGGGUAUGUCUGUACCCUGUUUAUUUUGAUUCAACAAAAUCACAUCAAGAAGGAAGAAGAGUUGUAAGAGAACUCGCGGUACCGAAUCCAUUAGCAAAAGAUCUCGCUGAAUCUAUAAAAAUUUUGGGGUUAUCCUGUGUCUUUGAACCACAUAAAACGCAUCCCAGAAAUUGGGUUAACCCUGGAAGGGUACGAGUACAAUUAUUUAAUGAACAGAAAAUUCCAUUAAAUAAUAAUAUUCCGACACGGAAAGUGUUGAUUAAACAAGUAGCACCGGUAUUGUCAGAAGUUCAAAAAAAUAAUCCGCAACAAUUUCCGCCUAGUCAUUCUCCAGCAGUAUCUAGAGGUAUAUUGAAAGAUGGAAAGAGUAACGAUUCUGGAUCUACGGCUAGUUCUUCAACUUCAGUAACAGGACAAGCUGCUUCAGGAAGUGGAUCAAAUACUUCAACUGCUUCACCUUCGAAAAAGAAGGGAAGAAAGGGUCGAAAAUGA